AUGCCUACGUGGCGGUGGGGCUCGAUAGAAGCUGUUGGAGUGGCCAUCGGGAGAUGGCGAACGGAGUGGCCGCUGGCGGGGCAGAGGUCCAACGGAGCUGCCAGGAGUAGGUCGUCGGCAGGGUGGAGCUGCCAAAAGUCGAAGACCAGCACAACGAUUGCAGGCUACGGAAGGUGGCUCGGGCGGCAGGAGCCAUGGGGCCAGAGCUACAGCGGGGUGUCAGGGCCGGAACUCAGGAAGGAGGCCGGCCUGUCAGACCUGUCAGUCCGGCCCCUGCCAGCGGCCCCUCCAUCCUUCUCCGGCCGCUGCCGGCCCGGUCUCCGGUCCCCACCGGCCGCUGCAGGUCCCCGGCUUUCUUUUUCCGCCGGCCGUUGUCCGUUUCCGCCAGUCGUUGUUCGCUCCGGCGACGCUCCGGCAAGACCCUGCCACCGCUCCGGCGAGCCACCUCUGCCCAACUGCGCUCCGCUCCACCAGGCUGCACCACCUCCGCCCGGCCGUUGCGCCGCUCCGCCCCAGCAACACCUCCGCCUGGCCCAAGCCCCACCUCCACCCGGAGCACCACCAACCCCUCCUCUCUAG